GUGUUCUUCUUGCUUGCUGUCGCAUACUGGCCGGCAUUUCUUCCUUUGAAAACAACGUGUCGCUGCUAGGUUUGGGGGAAAAAUGGGCAAACCAAAACACAUGACGAACAAACAGAACCCGUUUGCGAAGAAGAAACGCAACAACAAGGAAAAGGCCGCUGAACCUCCGGUGCGUCGUGACAAGCCGUACGAAAGCAUCGUGCUGGAAAAUGAAUCGUUCGAAGCGUACUACAAGCACCAGCAGAUCUGCGGCAGCGAUGCCGAGUGGGACCAGUUUAUGGCGCACAUGCGAAGAAACCUUCCGGUAACGUUCCGCAUCACCGGCUCGAAGGCACAGGCCCAGCUGCUGCUGAAGCUGAUCAAGGAAGACUUCUUCGAAGAGUACUUCCGGGCGGUGAAGGAGCUGCGCAAGGAAGAGCCGGACGCGCUGGUUGAGCCGCCCCGUUGCCUCGAGUGGUAUCCGCGGGAAAUGGCCUGGCAGCUGGAGCUGUCGCGCAAAGACAUUCGCCGGUCCGAGCCACUGUUCAAGCUGCACAACUUUCUCAUCUCGGAAACGAGCUCGGGCUACAUCAGCCGGCAGGAGGCGGUCUCGAUGAUACCGCCGCUAGUGCUGGGCGUGGAGCCGCAUCACAAGGUGUUGGACAUGUGUGCAGCACCCGGAUCGAAGACGGCACAGCUGAUCGAGUCGCUGCACGCCGGCGACGGUGGCACCAUACCGUCCGGGUUCGUCAUGGCGAACGAUGUGGACAACAACCGGUGCUACAUGCUGGUGCACCAGGCGAAGCGUCUCAACUCGCCGUGCUUUGUGGUAACGAACGGGGACAGCUCGACCUUUCCCUCGAUGCAGUACACGAAGGACGACGGUACGGUGUCGCCGCUGAAGUUCGAUCGGGUGCUCUGCGACGUGCCCUGCUCGGGCGAUGGAACGUUGCGGAAAAACGCCGACAUCUGGAACAAGUGGAACCUGGCCCAGGCGUCCAAUCUGCACGGGCUGCAGUAUCGCAUACUGAAGCGCGGGGCCGAGCUGCUCGAGGUAGGCGGCAAGCUCGUCUACUCGACCUGCUCGCUGAACCCGAUCGAGAACGAGGCCGUCCUGCACCACCUGCUGAAGGAGUCGGACGAUUCGCUGGAGAUUGUCGAGUGCAGUGGUGCGCUGCCGACGCUCAAGUAUUCCACCGGUCUAACCUACUGGGAGCCGGCGUCGAAAGAUUUAACGUUCUACAAAUCGUUCGAGGAGGUGCCCGAAUCGCAGCGAACCGUUCUGCGGCCCGGCAUGUUUCCACCGCCGAAAGAGGAAGCCGUGAACAGGUAUCAUCUCGAUCGCUGCCUGCGCAUCUUGCCGCACCAGCAAAACACGGGCGGCUUCUUUGUGGCGCUGCUCGAGAAAAAGAAACCCCUGCCCUGGGAAACGGUCACGGCGGUGGUGGGGGCGGACGGACAGGAAUCGUCCGAAACUGCCAUCGUGGAACCGCCGCAGAAGAAAACGAAGUACAUGCGUGGGUUCAAGGAAGAUCCGUUCGUGUUUUUCGACGAGAAGGAGGAGGUGUUCGACUCGCUCAACAAGUUCUUCCAGCUUAGUGCAGACUUUGAGCCGCGCAAUCUACUUACGCGAUGCAAGGUGGGUAAGAAGAAAAAUGUGUACUUCUGUUCGAGCAUUGUGCGUGAUAUCGUGCAGCUGAACGAGAAGCGCAUAAAGAUGAUCAAUCUCGGCGUGAAGUCGUUCGUACGCUGCGCCACACGUAACAUCGAGUGCGACUUUCGGCUCGCCAGUGAAGGGCUGGCCAAUGUAAAUGCGUACAUUGGCAGUCAGCGUCGCGUGAUGGUGCAGAAGCAGGAUUUAAUCGCGCUGCUGUCUUGCACCGACCCUACCAGACCGCCCGAAAUUUCCUCCCUCACUGCUGAAACGCAGAAGAAUCUUCAGGGUGUUGCGUCCGGCAGCUGCGUACUCGAAUGUAUGGUAGAGGAUGUAAAACUAGCCACGGUCGGAUGGAAGGGAGCGAUGAGCCUGCGAGCGUACGUUGAUCAGUACGAUACGGUGCACAUGCUCCGGCUGCUCGGUGGAGAUCUUACGAAAUUCGAAAAAAAUAAAUUCCAAGACAAACGUGACGCAGUGGAAGCCCAGGAGGACGAUGAACAGGAAGCGAACGACGAUAUGGUUGCCGACGAUGCCGAGUCAGCAGCUGUGCAGGAGGAAUCUAACGAGUAGUAGAGUAGAAGCACUUUUAGUGGACGUACAAAAACAAAUUACCCCUCAAAUCAUUUAUAUACUUGUUGAUAAUAAAUCGCCUUUCUACAUUUAUUAUUACA